AUGGUCAAUAAGCAGCAGAAGGACCGAAGGCUACUCAAAUUUCUUUUGCCUUUGGUGCCAUCAAAGAUCCUGCCUUCCUCCUUCCCUUUUUUGCACGUUGAAGAGUUUUGGAAACUGCAAAGGUUUUGUGUGUGUGUGUGUGUGUGUGUGUGUGAGAGAGAGAGAGAGAGAGAGAGAGGAACAUUUUGUCCAAUCUGGAGGAACAACUCCGCCUCCUCCGAAAACCUACCGGGCGGCGGGGGACACUGGGGCCGGAUCGAGUCGGGAGAACCAGCCCAAGCGGCGAAGGGCCAAGAGCUUCGCCCCGAGGCCGACCUCCGCUGGCUGGAAAGGGGCGCGAGGUCUGCCGGAGUUGCUGCGGGGGAGGAAGCGACGACUCCGGCGUCCGGGGAGGCCCCCACGCGCUCCCGAGGGCCGUUUCCACUUCCUCUGCUCGAGGGCCGAGCGCGGAGGGCGGCUCGCUCCCGGGGCUCGCGGGGGGCUGCCCGGCUGGCGCCUGGCCAGAGCCCGGGAGGACAAGCGGCGGCUUCAGCGAAGGCAACCGAGCCCGGCCCCUCCCGCGGCCGGCAGUCCCUUCGGGUCAGCGCUGGGCCGCCCCGGCCCCUGCACGAUGCUGCCGGCCCGCGCCGAGCGCCCCCCGGCCCUGAGACGGCCGCCUCCCGCCCGGCGGGCCCUACCGUGGGGCUGCUCCCGGGCUCGGGUAGCCAGGAGGCGGCGGAGGCGGCGGAGGCGGGCCGCGCGGACUGCAAAGGGCUGGCCGUCCGCGGCCUCCUCUGGCUGGCCCUGACCCGGGAGCUGAAGCGGCCCGGCCCGGAGGCGCCGCGCUCGGGGGCGGAGGGCUCGGCCGAGCGCCGGCAGCGGGGGGAGCCCGGCGGCCAGCUGGCUCGCGACUACGUGGUGCCCUGCCUGAACCGCUACGGCCUCUGCGUGAAGGACGCCUUCCUCGGCGAGGCGCUGGGCGGGCAGGUCCUGGCGCAGGUGGAGGGGCUGCACCGCGGCGGCAAGUUCCGGGACGGGCAGCUGGUGCUUCGCAGAACGGUGCCCGCCCGCCGCAUCCGCGGGGACCAGGUCGCCUGGGUGGAGGGCCGGGAGCCCGGCUGCCGAGCCAUCGGCGCCCUCAUGGCCCACCUGGACGAGCUCAUCCUGCAGUGCGCCGGGAAGCUGGGCGGCUACCAGAUCAACGGCCGGACGAAGGCCAUGGUGGCAUGUUAUCCUGGCAACGGCCUGGGCUACGUGCGGCAUGUGGACAACCCCCAUGGAGAUGGGCGCUGCAUCACCUGCAUCUAUUACCUAAACCGGAAGUGGGAUAGCAAGGUGCACGGGGGCCUCCUGCAGAUCUUCCCAGAGGGUCGCCCGGUGGUGGCCAACAUCGACCCCAUCUUUGACCGGCUGCUGAUCUUCUGGUCGGACCAGCGCAACCCGCACCAAGUGAAGCCAGCCUACGCUACCAGGUAUGCCAUCACAGUCUGGUAUUUUGAUGCCAAGGAGCGGGCCAGAGCCAAAGAGGCGCACCAGCGGGCUUGUGCUCAGAAGGAAGGAGCCUCUUCUGGGAUAGGGACGGAUGGCCCCACGUGACGGAUGGAAGACCUUGCCGUGGGAAGCUGACUGGCACGGCCCGCCCUUCCUUUGGCCAUCCCAGCUGCCUGUGGAUGCUGCCACUGCUGGGCUGGGAUGCCCCUAUGCAGGAAUGGGGUCUCGGGGGAGAGAGGAGCCCUGGGGUGCAAGGAGGCACCCUACAAGCCUGGAUGUGUGUUUUGCUCCUCCGGCGUGCAGCUGUGCUCUGGUCAGUCUGUAAACGCAGCUCCACUUUGCGUAUGGGGCGUCCAUGGCUGCCCCCUCCUGCUGCUGCCUGCAUCGCCCAUUUGCAGACGAGGAGAGAGAGAAAGAGAGGUGCGCAGUGCAAUAAAGAUACCUCAUUUGGAAA